GCUGGUCACAUGACUGUUUUUCUGCCAAAGCAGUAAAUAUCUGGCUACUCCCUGUGUUGGCAGGAGGAAAGACAAUGUUUUAUAAUUCGUUAUUUAACACAGUCAGUUAACAGUCCAGUUGUUGUUGGGUAAGUGGUCCGUCUAGUUAAGAGAUGAACCGACUGCUUCGCUUUGUGUUAUAACAGAGACUCGUCCACUUUAUCAAAUCUGUGGCGACUUAGCUUUAGCUAGCUUGACAGGUUAGCUCAACGCUAGCACGCUGAGUUAGCGUCUACAGGAGGCGUCGUUUCUAGUGACUAUGCAAGGGGAAACAGCGGCUAUACGAAUCUCGGAAAGCGAUGGAAAGCUGGAUGUAUUUCCCCAGAACAGGACCCCCAGCUCAGGGAGAGCGAGUGCCAAAAGCUGGCAGUACAGUGACCACAUGGAGAAUAUUGAUGGCUACCUCAUGAAGUACACUAACCUUGUAACUGGAUGGCAGUACAGGUUUUUUGUCUUAAACAAUGAGGCGGGUUUUUUGGAGUACUUUGUCAAUGAGCAGUCACGGCCACAGAAGCCCCGCGGCAGCCUCCCCCUGGCAGGAGCCGUCAUCUCCCCAAGCGACGAGGACUCGCAUACGUUCACCGUCAACGCCAUCAGUGGGGAGCAGUACAAGCUCAGGGCCACCGAUGCCAAAGAGAGGCAGCACUGGGUGAGCAGGCUGCAGAUCUGCACGCAGCACCACACAGAGGCCAUGGGAAAGACUAACCCCCCGCCAAAGUCCCGGAGCUACUCCAUGGCGUCACAAGGCAGCGGCAGCUCCCCCAUGUCCGUGCGCCGGCCCAGCCAAAACCCCAACUCCCUAUUCGGGUGGUCGCAGACCAACAAAGGCUCGUCGCUCUACUCCAGCAAGAGGUCCCUGCUGCCUGAUCACCUGCUGGACGCCAAAGAGAUGAUGACCCAGGCUCAGGGCCAGCACCGAGACCUCAUCCAGAGCAUCGAGGGCCUCCCUGCAGCCCCGGGCCUCUCCCCUUUAGACCAGGACUUCCUGAUGCUCAAGGCCACCUCUAUGGCCACCAUGAACUGCCUCAACGAGUGCCUGCAAAUCCUGAACCUGCAGCAAGUGGCCAGGCUGAGGGGCUCCCUGGGAGGACCCAGCAUCGAGUGGCUGGAGCCCAAGCUUCCAGACAUCCUGAAGAACGGCAGCGACUCCCUGGGCAGCUUCCCGACGGGGGAGGGCCCGCUGGAUGGGGGACAACUGGAGCUAAGCAGCCCGGAUUCUUGCAGCUUCUCUGGGGAACAAGAAGACAUCGACGCGGAGGAUGAGGCCGAGGACUCCCUAACGGACAAGGAGGAGGACCUGGGUGUCGUGGAAGAGGAGCGCAGCGUCAUCCUACACCUGCUGUCCCAACUGAAGCUGGGCAUGGACCUCACGCGGGUGGUCCUCCCCACCUUCAUCCUGGAGAAGCGCUCUCUCCUGGAGAUGUACGCCGACUUCAUGUCCCACCCGGACCUCUUUGUUGCCAUCACGGACGGCAGCAGCCCGGAGGACCGCAUGGUCCGCUUCGUUGAGUACUACCUCACCUCCUUCCACGAGGGCCGCAAGGGCGCCAUCGCCAAGAAGCCCUACAACCCCAUCAUCGGAGAGUCCUUCCACUGCUCCUGGAAGGUGCCGAGGCCAGAGGCCCCCAAGGAGCCGUCGCAGGGGAGCCCAGAGCCGUCCGCCUCCCAGGACCCUUACCAAGUGCGCUUUGUGGCGGAGCAGGUGUCCCACCACCCGCCUGUGUCCGGCUUCUACGCCGAAUGCCAGGAGAGGCGGAUGUGUGUGAACACGCAUGUGUGGACCAAGAGCAAGUUCAUGGGAAUGUCCAUCGGAGUUUCUAUGAUUGGGGAAGGUUGUCUGUAUCUGCUGGAGCACGAUGAGGAGUACACGUUCACGCUGCCUUGUGCGUACGCUCGCUCCAUCCUCACCGUCCCCUGGGUGGAACUGGGCGGCAAAGUCAACAUCAACUGCGCAAAGUCAGGCUACUCUGCCGUCAUCACUUUUCAGACGAAACCCUUUUAUGGUGGCAAGUUACACAAAGUGACAGCAGAGGUGAAGCACAACACCACAAAUGCAGUAGUGUGCCGGGUGCAGGGCGAGUGGAACGGCGUGUUAGAGUUCAGCUACACCAACGGAGACAUGAAGAUGGUUGACGUCACAAAGCUGCCCGUCACAAAGAAGAGCGUUCGGCCGGUCGAGAAGCAGGGGCCCACUGAAUCCAGGCGGCUGUGGCAGCACGUGACGGCGUCCUUACGGGAGAAAGAUAUCGAAAAAGCGACGGAGCACAAGAGGCUCCUGGAGGAGAGGCAGAGGACGGAGGAGAGGCACCGCGCUGAGACUGAAACCGCCUGGAGGACCAGAUACUUUGAAAGAGAGGGUGAAGGCUGGAUCUAUCACAAACCACUCUGGAAAAACUCAGCGCUCAAAACCUAGGUCCUUGAGCCCUCAUACCUUUGGAUGUAGAUGUUGUAGAUUCAGGAAUGUGUGUGUGUGCGUAUGAGAGAGUGGGUGUGUGUGUGUGUGUGUGUGUGUGUGUGUGUGUGUGUGUGUGUGGGUGUGUGUGUGUGUGAGAGUGAGUGCACACACACAGUUCUGAGACGGGAGCAUGACCUGCACUGACGUACCGACGGAUGCAAUAUGGGGAGAAGGACUGAAGGUGUUGAUGUUCACGAAGCCUCCAAGUACAAGCAGUUGUACUGCUGAUCUCUCUUCUUUUUUUUUUUUUAUAAUCCAAUGACCACAUAUUCUUGUACAGGUAAUGGUACUCUCUAUACACAGCCUUAAGAUAGUCUGACGAAUGAUGCUCAAAGUUUGCUGAUCAACCUGGAUACGGUUCUUCUUCUUCUUGUUUUUACGCUGUAAUGUCACACUAAGAGGAAGUGACUUUUGAGGACUUUCUCCCUAAGAUGUCCGACAUAAAGACAAGCAAAGUCAUUGGAUUACUGCCUGAUGCGAUGAAGAUUUAAAUACUGUGAAGCUGGAUUCUGUGUGCUGGAUUGUAAAGUUGCUCUACAUUAUUUUCAUCCAUGUUAAAGCGCCUGAAAUCUUUCCUUCAAGUCAAAGUAUUUCUUCACCUUCUUUAGCUUCUAAGUUUGAGA